AAUUCUUCUCUGUGAGAAGGUGAAACAUCUCUACAUUGUUAUACAAAAUUCUGAUUGUAUCCCUAUACUGCAUGGUGGCCAAGAAGCACAGGUGGGAAGCUCUGUGGUGCGCCUACAUAAGCCACUACCAGAUUUUUACAUUGGGAGUGGGGUGUAAUUCAAUGUCUGUCAGGGACUGGGCAGAGGGGGAAUGAUGGAGACUGCCUCCCCAGCCCAACCCUUCCAGAGAAGAGGAAGACAGUUCAGAAUUACAACAGGGGUUUGAGGGAGGUCACAGCUCAGAUGCAGAUGAGGUGAAAAGUUGGGAAACAAUGGGAGAGGAGGAGGAGGUAGAGGAAUCACCACGGGGGUGACAGCUGAUGGACACAGUGUCUUUAGAAAGCAUUCCAGACUGCCCCCCCAGAACACGGAGGGCCUUGAAAGUAGAAGAGCAAAGAGCUCAAAGGCAGAGGGCACUUGUCAGUACCCAUAGAGGUGAUGACGAAUGAGGAAGUGGGAGAGCCGGGUGUGUGUGUGGAGCUUGACUCGGGAGAAUGCCAUUAUCCAAGAGGCUGGGUUCUAAAGCAUCUCUCUGUAAAUACUGAAUAAAAAGCAGACGGUAAGAACAUUCCUUGUCUUUGUACAUUUCUGGGCAAACGGCCAUGACUAAGCCGUUUCUGGCACAACGGAACACUGAAACCAGAGCAGCGCACGGAAACACCGUUUACCUUCCCACCGGAGUGGUCCCUAUUUAUCUACUUGCAUUUUGGUGUUAGGUUGGCAGGAGCUGAGACAGAGCAACGGGAGCUCACCGUGUCGCGGGGAUUCAAACCGCUGACCUUUCGAGUGGCAAGCCCAAGCAGCACAGUGGUUUAACCCACAGCGCCACCCGCGUCCCUUGUAGGGCAUCUUAGCUAGCCUUUAAAAAGAACAACAGGCUAUCAUUCACAAUUAGGGUCUUAUAGCUGUUUUGACACCCCAAUAAUAAUAAUAAGCAGAAACUGAGGAGGAGAAAACAAAACAAAACUAUUUUUUGUCCCAUCCAGACUAAUGAAUUCUCCUUGCAAAAUCUUGGCAAUGAACUUUUUCCAAGAAUAUUAAGGAACUAA